AUGUCCUCCUCGGAGCCUCCCCCUAGACCGCCCUUCUCAUCGCUCCCCCUGGACCCCGACGGCCCCCCCGGAAACGCGUGGGGGCUCUACGGCAAAGACGACCGGCUCGGGGCGCUGAACCUCCUCACGCCCGCCGUCGUGGCGGCGACGGCGGCGUCCGAGAUCCGCACCGGCGAGCGCGUGUCGCUCGACUGGUCGCUGGACAACCCGUCGCAGCCGAGCUUCGACCGGGCGCCGUUCCACUCGAGGCUCGUCAACAGGGCGCACCCGAGCGGCGAGGGGAGGACGGUCAACGACGACGUGCUGCACUUCAACACGCAGUGCAGCAGCCAGUGGGACGGCUUCAGACACUAUGGGUAUCAGAAGGCGCGUCGAUACUACAACAACACGACUCAGGCGGACCUCGAGAAACCCGAGAACAUCGGCAUUGAUGCUUGGGUCGAGAAAGGCGGCAUCGUCGGCCGCGGCGUCCUGCUCGACUACGCCGGCUUCUGCGCGCGCCACACGAUCCCCCUCGACGCCUUCACCAGCAGCUCCAUCUCGCUGGCGCACCUGCGGCAGGUCGCCGCCGAGCAGGGCGUGACCUUCCGGCCCGGCGACAUUUUGCUCGUGCGGUCGGGCUUCACGGCGGGCUACAACGCCAAGGACGAGGCGGCGCAGAGGGCCGUCGCGGCACGCGCGAGCCCGGACUUCCUCGGCGUCGAGCCGACGGCCGAGGUGCUGCGGUGGAUCUGGGAGAGCGGCUUCGCGGCCGUGGCGGGCGACGCGCCGAGCUUCGAGAGGGCGCCCAUCGCGGGGCCGCACACGGCCGUCGGCGGCGUCUGGAAGGGCGAGCCGUGGGAGGAGGAGAUGCAGGGCGGCGGUCUGCUGCAUCAGUGGCUUCUGGGCGGCUGGGGGCUGCCCAUCGGGGAGAUGUUUGACCUCGAAGCCCUGAGCGUGAAGUGUCGAGAGCUGAGACGAUGGACGUUCUUUGUGAGCAGCGUGCCGUUGAAGGUUCCGGGGGGUGUUGCAAGCCCUCCCAACGCGGUUGCAAUCUUCUGA